GACACAGAGAGCAACAUGCAGCCGUGGCUUUCCUGGGUCCAGCUCCUGGCGUUGGCACUCUGCGUAUGCCAGAUCUGCGCCCUCCAGACCAGGCCUAGGACUGAUGAUAUCGACUAUGAAUUAAGCGAGGAGAACGAGGGUUCCUUUACUCCUCAACCACUAAGGCCGCCACCGUGGCAGGAGACUCCCCAGCCUCAGGUGGCACCACAGGAAGCGCGUGUGCAAGUUCCCGGAGUGGGAGAUAUAGUCGGUGUACGUGGCUACAAGACGAUCUCGAAUCGGCCCAUCAACGCAUUCCUUGGCGUGCAUUACGCUCAAGUGGGAGGCGGCCUGGGACGUUUCCAGCAGGCCAGGCCAGUGCCCUUCCAGGGGAGAGUGGACGCCACCACAGCCAGUCCGAAUUGCGCCCAAUUUCCGGAGUUGCAGCGACUGCAAACGGCCGAGGCACGGGGAGAGAACGUUGACGACUGCCUGACCCUCAACAUCUAUGCCCCAGAGGGGGCACGCGAUCUGCCCGUCCUGGUCUUUGUGCACGGCGAGAUGCUAUUCGACGGCGGUGCCGAGGAGGCCCAGCCAGACUACGUGCUGGAGAACGAAGUUGUCCUGGUUUCGAUCAACUAUCGACUGGCGCCCUUCGGGUUUCUCAGCGCCCUCAGUGAGCAACUGCCUGGCAACGUGGCGCUCUCAGACAUCCACCUGGCGUUGGAGUGGCUGCAGCGCAAUCUUCCCUACUUUGGCGGAAACUCCGGAAAAGUGACCUUAGUGGGUCAGGCCGGCGGCGCCACUCUCGUUCAUGCCCUCAGCCUCAGCGGCCGGGCAGCGAACCUCUUCCAGCAGCUCAUCCUCCAGUCUGGCACGGCACUGAACCCCUACCUGAUCGACGAACGUCCUCUGGAAACUCUGGACACGUUCGCACGGCUCGCCCGCUGUCCAAAUGCCGGCCGAAGUCUGGCACCGCUCUACGACUGCCUCAGCCGUCUGCCCACCUCCCAAGUGGUCAGCGCAUUCGAGCAGCUGUUCCAACAGAACGAGGCCCGCGGACUCAACUUCCUGGGCGGUUUCAAGCUGGUGGUGGGCGAUCCCCUGGGCUACCUUCCCGAGCAUCCGGCCGCACUGGCGGCCAACUCGGCCAACAGCACGGUUCCCAUGAUUGUGGGAGCCGCCAAAGAUGCCAGCGCCUUUAUACUAUCACGCUUCUACGACCAGAUACAGCGCGUGCAAUCGCAGAAUGUGAGCGACUUCAUCAACGUGGUCCUGCGCCACACGGCGCCUCCAAGCCAACACCAGCUGUGGCUGGAUUGGGCGCGUCGUGAGAUCUUUUCGCAGGAGCAUGAUCGCACGGCCAGUGCAUACAGUGUGUCCCAGGGUCUGUUGGAAUUGAGCAACAUGAUCCUGUAUCGGGCACCCGUCGUCUACUCCAUCCGGCUCUCGCACAAAAAGAGUCCCGUCUAUUUGUACACCUUUGACUAUCGCGGCGAGUAUCAUCGGUUCGGCCACCUGGACAAUCCGCUGCCCUUUGGUGUGGACGCUUCCCUGAGCGACGAUAGCGUGUAUCUGUUUCCGUACCCGCCGGAGGCCAGCCGCCUGAAUCCGGUGGACAAGUCGCUGUCUCGAGCACUGGUUACCAUGUGGGUGAACUUUGCCGUUACGGGCAUACCCAACCAAAAUCCUGGUGUCUGGCCCAAGGCCACUUCCGAGUACGGUCCUUUCCUGCGCUUCACCAACUCGAGGCAGAACAUGCUGGAGCUGGACCCACAUUUCGGUGACGGACUUUACGCUCCGAAUCUCUAUGGGCAGUACUUCAAUACAACCAAUAGCACAACAACAGCUACAACGACGACCACAACAACGACGACCAGACGUCCGUAUGUCUACAACCCGUAUCCUAGCUGGCAGCAAAGCCCCUAUGGUUACAACACAACAACCACAACUUCGACGACGACGACGACUACCAGGCGUCCAACGUAUGCGUACAAUCCUUAUGCUAAUUGGCAGCAAAACCGACAGCCCCAACCGCCUCAGGCCUUUCCAAGGAGGCCAACGGAUCCUGCAUACGAAAGAGCUCAGGAAAUCAGGCGACAACAGGUGAUCCGGGAGCAGCAAGAGCGAGAGCAGCGGUUGCGUGAACAGCGCGAAAGAGAGCAGCAACAGCAAGAGAAUCAGCGUCGCGAAGAGGAGGAACGAGAAAAACAGCGUCUGCAAGAGCAGCGAGAACAGGAAGCCCAGAGAGAAUUGGAAAAGCGCUACCAGUUGCAGAGAGAGAAACUCCAGCGAGAACAGCUGCAGCGAGAGCAGUUAGAAAGGGAACAGCGUGAACAGGAGGCAAGGGAUGAAUGGGAGCGAAACCGAGAGCCAGCGCAAGUAAAUCCGGAGGAGCAAUUAGAGCAGCGUGAGCGGGAGCAGCGUGAAUGGGAGCAGCGUGAACGGGAGCAGCGUGAACGGAAUCAGCGUGAACGGGAGCAGCGUGAACGGGAGCAGCGUGAACGGGAGCAGCGUGAACGGGAGCAGCUUGAGCGGGAGCAGCGUGAGCGGGAGCAGCCAUCCCAGCCAGCGGAACAAGACGAGCGCGAACUGGAAGAUAGGGAGCAACAAGAAAGAGAAGAACAGCAGCGACAGCAAAUACUGGAAGAACAACGUCGUUACUACGAGGAGCGUCAGCGAGAACUGCAACAGCUAGAGCAGGAACAGCGAGAGCAACAAGCCAGAGAGCAGCAGGAGCAGCAAGAGCAGCAGCAGCGGGAACAAGAGCAGCGAGAGCAGGAAGAGAGGGAGCAACAGGAGCGCGAACAGCAGCAGCGAGAGCAAAUGGAGGGUGGACAUCAGCCUUACGAGCCAAAUCAGCCGGAGGAAGAUCAAGAAAGCUCUCGCAGGCCCUAUCCAAGCUACGAGGACUACGUGCGAAGAGACGAUGAAGAAGAACCAGCCAACUUUGAACCCGAUAGCGAACAAAGCUUAUACCGAAACUAUUCCGAGGAGCAAGAACGAGAGCAACAGCAACGUGAGCAACUGUAUCGUGAACAACAGGAGCGGGAGCGGCAGUCCUACAACCCAACUGACGAUGAGGAAGAUCAGGAGGACCGUCGGCAACCUUACCAAACCUACGAGGAGUACUUGAGAGUCAAUGCAGAAGCUGAAGCGGCAGUGGCAGCUGCAGCUCAGGAGAAGAAUGAUCCCGAGAAUGAUCCCAGCGCUUACGAAAACUACGAAGAUUACAUUAGGGCGCAGGAGGAACGUCAGGAGGCAGAGGAGCGAGAUCGGGCUGUUCAGGAGGGCUGGGAGGACUCUCGCCCAGAAUACCCAGGUUACCGACAGUUUGUUAGCAAUCAUCACAACUCGCCGCAGAACGCUAAGCAGCUGCGGAGACAGCAGCGACCCAAGCUAUAGAACGGUAUUCAAUCAUAUUCCAUAGAAACCUGAGUACUAUUCUAAAGAGUUCUUUAUUAAAUAUUAUAUAUAUCAUAUGAGUAA